GCUGGACCAAUAGCGUCUCGCAAAGCCGAGUCACUCAUUCUGGUAAUCCGUACACGUGUCAUAGCGCUGCCCAAUGGAAGAAACGAGAGCGUCUACAGCGGCUGCUCCUCAUCUCAAACUUCACAGAGAGGCAUAAUGUGGCUCCUGGACGGCUGAAAUCGGGAUCGUUUGCUCUUUCGGACUACCGUCUUUAAAGCUUUAGGAUGGAAUAAAGCGCAGCCAUGGUGGUGAAUUCCGUGCAUUGGUUUCGCAAAGGGCUGCGGCUUCACGAUAAUCCGGCUUUGCAGGAAGCGCUCAAUGGCGCGGAUACUGUGCGGUGUGUUUAUAUUUUAGACCCGUGGUUUGCGGGAUCGGCCAACGUGGGAGUGAACAGAUGGAGGUUUAUUUUACUGGAAUCUUUAGAAGAUUUGGACACAAGUUUGAGGAAGCUGAAUUCUAGGCUAUUUGUGGUGCGAGGACAACCAACGGACGUCUUCCCAAGACUCUUCAAGGAGUGGAACGUCACGCGUCUCACGUUUGAAUAUGACUCUGAGCCUUAUGGCAAAGAAAGAGAUGCAGCCAUCAUUAAAAUGGCGCAGGAAUACGGUGUGGAAACCAUGGUACGAAACACUCACACGCUCUACAGUCCAGACAGGAUCAUAGAAAUGAACAACCACAGCCCCCCUCUCACUUUCAAGAGAUUUCAAGCCAUUGUGAACCGACUUGAACUUCCCAGGAAACCAUUGCCGACCAUCACUCAAGAACAGAUGGCCAGGUGUCGGACACAGAUCUCAGAAAACCAUGAUGAACAUUACGGCGUACCCUCUCUCGAGGAGCUGGGUUUUAAGACUCAGGGUGACGGCUCUCAUGUAUGGAAGGGUGGUGAGACAGAAGCCCUGGAAAGAUUGAAUAAACACUUAGACAGAAAGGCCUGGGGCAAUUUUGAGAGGCCUAGAAUAACCGGUCAGUCACUGUUUGCAAGCCCAACUGGCCUUAGUCCUUACCUACGAUUCGGCUGUCUGUCAUGUCGCGUCUUUUACUACAAUCUGCGUGAACUUUUUAUGAAGCUACGGAGACGCUCCAGUCCACCUCUCUCACUCUUCGGCCAGCUGUUGUGGCGAGAGUUUUUCUACACGGCGGCAACCAACAACCCCAACUUUGACCGUAUGGAGGGAAACCCCAUCUGUGUGCAGAUCCCCUGGGAUCACAAUCCAGAGGCACUGGCUAAAUGGGCAGAAGGGCGGACGGGGUUCCCUUGGAUCGAUGCCAUCAUGACCCAGCUAAGACAGGAAGGCUGGAUCCACCACCUGGCCAGACAUGCCGUGGCCUGUUUCCUCACUCGUGGAGACCUGUGGAUCAGCUGGGAGAGCGGAAUGAAAGUGUUUGAGGAGUUGUUAUUGGAUGCGGACUGGAGCGUGAACGCAGGCAGCUGGAUGUGGCUGUCCUGCAGUGCGUUCUUCCAGCAGUUCUUCCACUGUUACUGUCCUGUGGGGUUCGGCCGCAGGGCCGAUCCCAGCGGAGACUACAUCAGGAGGUACAUCCCGCAGUUAAAAGACUAUCCCAACCGCUACAUCUACGAGCCGUGGAAUGCUCCAGAAUCGGUGCAGAAAGCCGCCAACUGCAUUGUGGGUGUGGACUAUCCUAAGCCUAUGAUCAACCACGCUGAGAGCAGCCGGCUCAACAUUGAACGAAUGAAGCAAGUUUACCAGCAGCUGUCGCACUACAGAGGCCUUAGUUUGCUCGCCUCAGUCCCUACAAUCCAGGAAGAGGCGGAGCCUCCCAUGUCAGAUGACUCUCAGGCCAGCAGCAGCACUGCCGGUCAAGCAUCCACUCGCUCCCCAUCACCACACCAGCCCACCCCUGCACCAUCAACCCCGCCUAACUCAGAGCCCUCCACCCCAAACUCAAGCCCAACAGCAACUGCCCCGGGCCCACACCCAGAGGAAAGGGUCCGACCCUCUGGGCUCCCAAGCAAACAGAAGUCAAAAGUCAAGCACACCAACCAAGCCAAAGGAGUCGAGCAGCAGACUGAUGACAAGCAGUGACCACAGGUUAAGACUGCGCUCGCAGUCCCACGUCUAAAAGAAGUCCCACGUCGCGACAGACUGAAAGGGCAGGAGAAAAAGUGUGCAACGGCGCCACCUUCAGCAGAACAACAGAAACAGCAGUAAUAAAAAAAAUAAAUAACAACAGCAAAAAAACAAGUAAUAAAGGCUGCAGUUCCGUGAAUGCGUGUGACAAAUCCAGGGCUUGUUGUCAAACAUUCAGAAUUUAAAACAAAAAAGCUGCUUUUGUUCCAGUUUUGACCUGCUAAACUAACCAUGAAUGUACGAAGAUACAGAUCUGUAUCAGAUGUGUAGUUCUCCUGCAUUGCGAUCUGACACAGAUCUAAUGAAUAUUGCCGUCGCUGAUGAAAGUCUAGGCUAACAAGCGACUGGUCCAUACAAGUAUUCAUGGAAUUUAGCCAAAUUUUAUGCAACUCUGGUUUAUGGAUUGAUAAUAGAUAUGA